CUUCGGAGUCUCGGGUGACAUCUCAGUACAUAAAACCAGCUGUAGAGAACCUUCAGCAUCACUAAAUCUAUCUGGUCUGUGUGACUCCCUCAGUUACACUGUAGCUGUUUAAAAAGCAUCUUUAUUGUUCCUGUAUCUUGUUUUUCAGAAAACAGAAAAGUGCGUGCCGGAUUGAAACAAAUGGAUGCUAUUUUGAACUCCAGACCAGAGGACAUGGAAGAUUACUACAGUUUACUAGGAUGUGACGAAUUGUCUACAGUUGAACAAAUUGUUUCUGAAUUUAAGGUGAGAGCACUCGAGUGUCAUCCUGACAAGCAUCCUGGGAAUCCACAAGCUGUGGAGAAUUUUCAAAAGCUGCAGCACGCUAAAGAGAUUCUUACCAAUGAAGAAAGCCGAGAUCGUUACGAUUACUGGCGGAGAAGCAAAAUUGCGAUCCCGUUUCAGCAGUGGGAAGCUCUGAAUGACUCUGUCAAAACAUCAAUGCACUGGGCUGUCAGAGGUAAAAAAGAGCCAAUGCUGGAAGCACCGGACUUAAAUCUGAAUGACAGUCAUUCUCAGAAGGCUGAAAACAAGAAUGCUGAAGUGCUGGAUGAGAGAAAGGGUCUAGGAGCCUCUGGUCCCAUGGAUGGGAAGCUGCUCUCACCUAAGAGCCCUGAUUCCCCUGGGUUUUCAGAUCUAAACUGUUGGCACUUGCGUUUCCGCUGGUCUGGUGACACCCCAUCUGAACUCCUGCGGAAAUUUAGAAACUAUGAAAUAUAAAGCAAGACCAAAUAUGUGCUGAACCUUGUGUUCACCGUUUCAGUAUUUUUGUACGUUUGUAAAGAAUUGCAUCUUGUGUCUAUAGAUAUUCGUAUUUAUAAUUAUGUAGAUCUUGUAGCAUGCAUGCCAGUUUCUGUUAUAAAAUACUAUGUUUUUUAAACGAUAGACAGGUACUUUAUUCAUUAUUAGCAUAAAUGAUAUGUAAGUGUAGUUAGUUCCUUUUCCCAAACUUUUUUGUUUAAGUGUAUGUGACCUUUGUUCUUUGUUGAACAGUUUGUUGCGCACGCUCUUGUGCUCCUGGUCAAGUUCACUUUGACCCAUCCUGUUUUUCUACCGUCAUUUCCUGCUAUGUUCCUUCUCAUGAUCUCCUACCAACCUCAGCUGUUCAAAAGUCCUUUUGUGCUCUGAAAUAACUCAUCCAAUUUUCCCUUGCCAGCCCCCAAGCUCCUGGAUCUCUCACCUGCUUAGUUUUGUUGUUAAGGUAGCCACCUAUGAAUCCCCCAAAAGAGGAAAUUUAUCAGCAAUGAAGUGGACAAAAGAAAGUGACAAAUUGCAGAGAAUUUGCAUAUGCUAAUAUAGAUGUUGAUUUAGAAAUAAAUUGGGAGAUAUAAAAUAACAAAACAAGAUACAAAAUAACAAUGUAAUUAAUUUGCCCCCUUGAUUGCUUUUUACAAAAAUACAAUAAUUUAUGGAACUGUAAACCCAAAGCUCCUGUGUAAUGCAUCUUUUGGCCUUCACUUUGGCCACAAUUCAGAUUAGAAGCAACCUGUGGCUGUCACUCUUUUUUUUCUGUUUGUGAAAUUCCUGAAGCAUCAUGCACAUUGAUGGUAGUAUUGGAAUAAUUAAAUAAUAAUGCUACCACAGAAGUAUAACCUACUGUUAAGAAUUACAGAAUGCACCAAAUUACUAAGCUUCCAGGUCAACUAUGGGCUUUAUAUGCAGCUAUGUGUAUUUCUCAAUGAGAUGUUUUGUUCUGGUUCCUCCAUAGAUUUCCAUGUUGUGAGGCUGUCUAUUUGGUCAUUGACUGAAUAGGAUGCUUGUGUUACCAGCAGCAGGUGCUUUAGGGUUGACCUCUGCUAAUAAUGUGAUUGUCAUGACCAGUGCUUCUUUAUCUAAUUUGCUUUUGAUCUGGCCCCCUACCUUCUUCAGUGUGAAUUUGUGUAUAUGUAUGGUCUUUACAUAGCUGAAACUCUUGAUAACACUAUAUGAAACAGAUGAAGUGGACCUCAGUUCAUAAAAACUGAUGCCAGAACAAAAUAGGACAGAAUUCAACUGUUACUGUCUGCAUGCAGCCAGCCCUGUUGAUUCUGUUCCUCAAACAAUAUGCACCAUUCACAGAACGGAGCUUUAAUAGUUCUGGGGCAACAUGAAUGGCUCAUUUCUAGGAUGGGGCAGGCUGGCGAAGUUCACAGAAGGAACAGAAACAGCGAUGGGCCCUGAACUUGGAUGGGCAGCAUGGGAUACUGGCCAUAGUUUUUAGACCUUAAAUUUGAAGGUGCCGUGAGAUGUUGUUAUUGCUGGAGUACCCUUAACAUAGCAGUCCCUCUGGAAAUGGUUGCCUAUCAUGCAUUACCAAAAGCAGAAUGUGUUAGUGGAAUUAUUUAAGCAGUGUGUAGCCAGAUCAUCACUUUGUAUUUGUUAUCAGAGGAUAAGAGCUGCAUUUUCCUGUUCAUUACUAGAGGAUAAUCUAAUUUCCUGCAGUGCUUGAUGGCAGAAGAGAUGAGGAGUCUAGAAUGGCAACGGAGGAUUCUGAUUGAAAGGAAGAAAGGUAAUGUCGGGAAGGAAAUUGACGCGCGUUCCAAGGUUAGGCAGACGUGGUCUCGUCAAGAGACAAAGGGUCCUGGGAACCAGAAUUCUCAGAUAUUGAAAUGGAAGACGUGGAGGGGCUUCUCUUAAGGGCACCCUCCAAAGAUGUUUAGGUGGAUGUUGAGAAUAGUAAAAACUGCAGGGAAGGAGUGUGGGAGAACAGCAGCCAGCUGAGCCUGGUACAACUCUUGACCUCAUGACGUGACAUCAGGAGAGAUGGGCCGAUCAACUAGAGGGGCGAUGGACAGAGAAGAGGCUUGGGAAUGCACUGCAGAAGAAAGAACUUUUGCCAGAGAAUUUCCUGUGUUUUAGAAGUGUGACAGGCCAGGCGGGGGUGGGGGGGGGGACCUGGCUUGUGACAAGUCAAAUGCCCCCUGAAGAGCCUUGAUUAGUGUGAUCCAGGCACCACUUAGUCUUUAUCACAUCCUAGCAGUACUGUAUUGAUACUGUUUGUAGUGGCUGCUGUAGAAGGCUGAGAAACGAGCAAGGUUUGAAAGGAUGUGAAUGCCAUGUGACUAUAUAAAGAUUAAGUUGAGAUGGAGAGGGAAAGUCAUGGCUUGGAAGUUGGUUCACUGAGCCUCACCCCUAACGCAAGGGUGGAAUUCCAGUUCCGCAUGCAGAAUGAUGCCCAUGAAAUGAAGCUGUGGAUGAUUUGCUUAGUUAUUUUGCUUAAUUCCUCUACACAGAUCUAGAUAAUCAAAUAGAACUGCUGUGGAGAUGAAAGUUGGGAAAGAGAUGGGAUCUGAAUUGUGUUUUGUUAAUUUCCAUCAGAGAUCACUUUCACAUGUUAAGCCUUUAGCUUAAAUAAGUUCUCUAAUUCAAAAUAAAGAUUGGGGCUCAGUACCAGUCUUUUUGGUGUACAGAAAGCAAACCUGUGGGUGACAAAACAUAGUAGCAGUCUAUUGUCAGUCAUUUAAAAUUUAAUUUAGUUGGAAAUGGUUUUUAAAACUUUCAUCUUUAAUAUUAUUCUAUUAUAUAUGAGUAAAACUGUAAUGGUAACUUAUAUGGCUCUAUCUAACACACAAAGGAGAUGCGCAUGCUGGUUUUGCUUCUUCUAUUUGAUCGGUUCCCUUUGUAUGAAUAAAGUCUAAAUAUUUUGAAAUUGUGCA